AAAGGCACGCCCAAAAAUCAUCAGUCCUCUGACUCGACUUCUCCCUCCUUUUUGACUCUGUCUCCGUCUCUUUCUCUGUGGGGGACGGAUGCAAUUGUUCCUCUCUGUAUAUAGCCCACCAUCUCAGAUCGAUCGAUCAUCCUGACUCUGUUCUUUCUAGAGGAACGACAUUGGAGGAGAUGUCUCGUGUUUCACCUCAUGCCAGGGUUUAGACUGCAAGAAGAGAGUCGAGACAGAGUACCCCAGAGACAUGGCUCAACAGAGAGAGGGAUGGCCUCUGGGGUUGCAGCCAGUGAAUGUGAGGGUCGGGUUGGGGAGGAACAACAGGGGACGCUCUGCUGGUUCCAUAUCUUUCAACACCCUGCUCACUGGCUCUCCCACUUCUUCUUGCACAGACUUCUCCUCAGAUUUGGACACUGAGUCCACAGGAUCAUUCUUCCACGACAGGAGCAUCACCCUCGGGAGCCUAAUGGGUGCUUCCACCAUGCUAGAGCUCUCUCGGAGAUCGACGAGAAUCCGAAAACCAGAGGCCGUCAAGAAAAGCUGCAAGCCCAGAAUCUGGUUAUUCUCUCUGUGCUCAGGGGUGAGCACUGACGUGGAGAGGAUGGACAACGAUGCUGCUCAGUCACUCGGCCAAUUUCUUGCGGUGGAGAGGAAAGCCGCCAACGGAUGCAGGAGAAUCGGCCAGGGCCCGAUCACGUAUGGACCCGACGAGAUCGUCAUGGCCCAGGGCGAGAGCGGGCCGUCGAACUCACUCUUCGUCGACGGCCGGGUCGCACCCCCUCCUAGAGCGAGCCCAGGAGCAGAGGAAGGUGAUGGCCCCGAUGGGUAUGGAGUGUCUCUGAUUCUUUGCUGUGCGUGUGGGAAUGGCUCUCACUGAAUGGUCUUAGACCUUGUGAGUUGAAUUCGUGGUGUGGUGUGGUGAUUUAUUUGGUGGGAAGAGAGAAUUUGUCUUGGCGAUC